UCAGCAUUAGCAUAGCUGCUCUCAACAAAUAAAGUUUAAUCGCUUUAACGGUCUUCUUAAAAAAAAACAACUUUUAAUUAUUUUCACUUUUUCAUCUUUUGUCGUAGCUUUUCUGCAGUAGGAAACAAUCAUGGCUCUCAGUGACGCCGAUGUUCAGAAACAGAUUAAACACAUGAUGGCCUUCAUAGAGCAAGAGGCCAAUGAGAAGGCAGAGGAAAUUGAUGCAAAGGCAGAGGAAGAAUUUAACAUUGAGAAGGGGCGCCUUGUGCAGACUCAGAGGCUCAAAAUAAUGGAGUACUAUGAAAAGAAAGAGAAGCAGAUUGAGCAGCAAAAGAAAAUUCAGAUGUCCAAUCUGUUUAACCAGGCCAGACUGCAGGUGCUUAAGGCUCGGGAUGAUUGGAUCAUGGAUCUUUUAAACGAGGCACGUAAACGGUUAGCAGAGAUCGCCAAAGACCCAUCCCAGUACUCAUCUCUGCUAGAAGGAUUAAUACUACAGGGCUUUUAUCAGCUGCUUGAGCCCAAGGUAACAAUCCGCUGCCGAAAGGAAGACGUGGCCAUGGUGGAGGCUGCUGUCCAAAAAAAUAUUGCCAUCUACAAAGAAACAGUGAAGAGUAAAAUUGAAGUCCACAUUGACAAGGAUCAUUUUCUCUCACCUGAUUUAUCUGGCGGUGUGGAGGUGUAUAAUGCUAACGGGAAGAUCAAAGUGUCCAACACACUGGAGAGCAGACUGGAUCUUCUUGCUCAGCAGAUGAUGCCUGAAAUCCGAGUUGCUCUGUUUGGUGCUAACCAAAACCGCAAGUUUAUGGACUAACAUGCUGUGACCAAAGAAGUAAAAAGGACAGGAGUUGAACUUAAUAAACUAUGCAAGGCGUGCAAGAACUUAUAUUUUUCUCAUUUGAAUUUUAUAACUUGUUUAUUUCUUUUUCUCUUGAUAAAGGGACUGGAAUAAAAAGUGUAAGUGAUUUUG